CGGAGAAAAACAGAAGAGAGAAGGCAGAAGAAAAACAAAUACCGAAGAGAAAAGGAGAAGAUAGGCAGGAGGAGGAGAGCGCAUUCAAAACGUUAGGAAAUAUAAUCGGAGAGGGCAUUGUUCCCACCGGAACCCUAGCCGACGGCCUCCCUUGUCCAUGGCGUUCUCCUCCGCCGUCGCCGCUGCGGCGCCAAAAUCUUUCCGCCGACCGUGAAUUUCCUCUCCUCGAUUUUCCCGCCGCCGGAAAUGGCUCCGGCGCCGGCGGAGAACCUCGUGUUGGUGUCGGAUAGGGAGCCUCACCCGCUAGAUCUCUCCAUUUGUUUCUUUCUAACUAACUAACUGACUGACUGACUGACGAAUCUGUUUGGAAGAUCGUAACUAACCGCGGAGAGGUCGUUACCGGCUGCCGUGCUUCGUCGGCGCCGGCGGCGAUGGCGAAGGGAGGGCAAUGCUUCCUCGAGAAGCUUCGCAGGUGCGUUCGGACGGUUUUCUUCGUGGUGGCGCUGGUGGCGUCGCUGGCGGUGACGUCGCUGCCGGUGCUGGUCGCGGUGGUCGACGUGUUGGUGCCCUGCGUUUUGAUCUCGAACUUCACUUGCGUCAAGUGUUACAGCAUCAAGGAGCAUUUUCGCCGUUACGCUUUCAAGAGUUCCUUGACGGAUAUUCCUCUCGUUUCCGUCAUAAGAUCCAUUAUCAUUCUUUGUGUUUAUUCCGUUUGUGAUGGUCCUGCUCUCUCACACGGUCCUUACCUUGGAACUGUGACUCUGUGUUCCUUUCUUUCUAUUGUUGUGCUCUCGGUCAAAGCUUGUGUUUUCACUGUAAAUUCCCAUAUUGAAGCGGAGGCUUCGGUUUCCCUCAGGAAGCAGAGACUCCAUUUGAAGAAGCCAUGGGGAAUGCCUGUCUUGUUUCUUUCAUCAGUUGUGUUUGCCCUUGGCCAUACUGUCGUUGCUUAUAGAACCAGCUGCAGAGCACGCAGAAAACUCUUGUUUCAUCGAGUUGACCCUGAAGCUGUCCUAUCUUGCAAAAAUGUUUUCUCUGGCUAUCCAAAGGUCCCACGCUCUCCAACUCCUUCUGCUGGGAGAACCCCCAAAAGUGACUGCGAGAUGAGGAGGAGACCUCUUGGGACAGCUCGUGAUGAAGAGCUGCUCGUCAGAUUACUUGCAAACUCAGACAGCUUAUUCAUUACAUGCCAAGGACUUACACUCCAUUACAAGCUUAGCUUGCCUGGUUCACCGCCACAUACAUUAUCUUCAACAUCCUGCAUUGAGUCAAAUUCUAGUUGUAGCACUUCAUUAGUGGGUUCUGGGUUGGGUAAAUCUAAUAAGCAUUUGCUAAGUACAUCUCCAAAUAUCCAGCCACCAUUAUACAGGAGCUAUAGCAAUCAAUUCCAUGGUUCAUCUCUACAUGUUCCUCUGUUGGAUGGUCCUACAACCUCUAUUAUUUCUGAAGAUAUCCCUGUUUUUCACCUAGAUGGUAUUUGUGAAGAAGAUGAAACUAGUAAAUUGAAUUUUCAAUCUACGGAGCAAGAUUUAGAGAGUAUUGGCCAAUUAGGCAUUGUGUUAAUACAUGGGUUUGGUGGAGGAGUCUUCUCUUGGAGGCAUGUGAUGGGAUCUCUAGCUCGGCAGAGUAAUUGCACAGUUGCUGCAUUUGAUAGGCCUGGUUGGGGAUUAAGUUCAAGGCCUCGUAGGGAGGACUGGGAGGAAAAAGAGUUGUCUAAUCCUUAUAAGCUAGAAAGUCAGGUUGACCUGCUUUUAUCAUUCUGUUCUGAGAUUGGUUUUUCUUCUGUUGUGCUAAUUGGUCAUGAUGAUGGAGGGUUGCUUGCCCUGAUGGCCGCACAAAGAAUUCAAACAUCAAUGAAUUAUUUCAAUGUUAAUGUGAAAGGGGUUGUAUUGCUAAAUGCUAGCUUAUCGAGGGAAGUGGUUCCAUCCUUUGCAAGAAUCCUGCUGCAUACCUCACUUGGAAAGAAGCAUUUGGUUCGCCCUUUACUAAGAACAGAAAUUUCCCAAGUGGUUAAUCGGCGUGCUUGGUAUGAUUCUUCCAAAAUGACACAAGAAGUUUUGGCUCUCUAUAAGGCUCCACUAUCUGUUGAAGGAUGGGAUGAGGCACUUCACGAGAUUGGUAAACUGUCAUCUGAAACCAUCCUUUCAGCUAAAAACGCAGAAUCAUUGUUACAAGCUACGGGAGACAUUCCCGUGUUAGUCAUUGCAGGUGCUGAAGAUUCCCUUGUCUCUUUGAAAUCUUGUCAAGCCAUGGCCUCAAAACUUGUCAAUUCUAGAUUGGUUGCCAUAUCUGGAUGUGGCCAUUUACCCCAUGAAGAGUGUCCGAAGGCAUUACUUGCAGCUAUAUCACCCUUCAUCAGUAGACUCCUGUCUGCAUCUGAUUCGCAAAGCCAAUAAGUUCAUUUCUUUUAUAGCUGAUUAUACAUGGGGUUCUUAUCUAUUGUAAGGGGCCACCAUCUUUCCUUUUUCCAUCUUUGUUUUGGUUUCUUUAUUAGCAAUAUUUUUACUUCAAGAGAAAGAGACUAAAGUUAAUCUCUUCUCUGGGGUGUUUUUGACGUGCUAGUUUUAGGGCUUUUAACCGGUCUGUAUCUUCGUCUUUUCUCUCUUUUUAAGCUGUCGAUAUAAUGAUCCGUUUCAUCUGCUUGUUAUUUUUCCCACUUGAAGAAAGUGGAGAGACAACAUACCUUUACCUUUGUAAAUUCAUAAUCAGAUUCAGAAUGAAUAUAGUUUAGCAUGUAUUUUUUUCUGUUCA